AUGGCGGAGAACCGCUUGAAAUUCCACAUCCGCCGCAUAUUCCGAUCACCCCUCGCCUCAUGCAAAUCCAAAGACCAAAUCUCCGACGUCGUCGAGACCAACCACCACCAUCACGGCCGCCGCCGCCACCACCAGCUGGUGGAGCUUUUCUCCCCGGCGGCGGCACAACAUCGCAGUAGUAGUAGUCCAGCCAACAAACUCCUCUUCCUCUCACCCGAUGUGAAUGGUCGAAAAUGCCCCCCCGCUUCCCCCAUAUUUUCACCCCUCAACAAUUCCUAUUACGAUUUUCCCAAACAGAAGAAAAAGAAAAAGGGACGCUCCAUAAUUGCUUAUGAGAACAAGUACAACAACUUGUUCAUCAGCGACGAAAAUCAAGAAGAAGAACAAGAAGCUGAGCACGAAAGAGCGGCGCUUUUCCGGCGGAGGUCCACCGCCGCCACCACACGGCGGAGGAUGGAGGCGGCGGCGGCGGAGGACGACACACUGGCGGUGGUGAAGCGGUCGAGCGAUCCGUACAGUGAUUUCAGGACGUCCAUGGUUGAAAUGAUUGUGGAGAAGGAGAUUUUUGCGGCGAAAGAUUUGCAGAAUUUGUUGCAGUGUUUUUUGUCGCUAAAUUCUUGUCGCCACCAUAAGGUUAUAUUUCAGGUGUUUGCUGAAAUUUGGGAAGCUCUUCUUCUACCGUAG